UCUCCAACAGUGGUCACUGCUCUUUCUCUAUCUUUCUUUUUCUCUCUUCCAAACAAUUGGUGGCUGGGAGCGUGGGGUUUGUGACCUGUCCACAGAACUGGAAGCAACGUAGAAAGGGUGUGGUUGAAAAUUUUCCAAUGCCGAGGCAGAAGAUUCAGAUCAAGAAGAUUGACAACACAGCAGCAAGGCAAGUGACCUUCUCAAAGAGGAGAAGAGGGCUUUUUAAGAAAGCACUGGAGCUCUCGACACUGUGUGAUGCCGAGAUAGAGCUUAUUGUCUUCUCAGCAGCAGGAAAGCUCUUUGAGUAUUCAAGCUCAAGUGUGAACCAGGUGAUUGAAAGGCACAAUCAGCAUCCACAGACUCCAGAGAAACCAGAGCCACCAUCUCUGGAGCUGCAGCUGGAGAACAGAACCUGUGCAGCCUUGAGCAAAGAAAUUGCUCAGCAGACUCAGAGGCUGAGGCAAAUGAAAGGAGAAGAGCUCGAGGGAUUAAAAAUAGAAGAAUUGAUUGAACUAGAGCAAUUACUUGAAGCUGGUCUGUGCAGCGUCGUGGAAGAAAAGGCUGAAAGAAUUCGAACAGAGAUCAGUGACCUCCAGAGAAAGGGAGACCUGCUGCGGGGAGAGAAUGAAAGGUUGAGAAAGGAGAUGGAGAAUAUUUCUGAAGCACAACCUCUUCUUCAACAGGGCCACUCAUCUGAAUCAAUCACAAAUAAUAUUUGCAGCUUAUCAGAUCCUAAUCAAGGCCAUCACAACUCUGAUACUUCUCUCAAGCUGGGGUUACCAUUCUCCAACUGAAUCUGAAGGGGAUGGAGAAGCAAGAGGAAUGAAUGCCUGAGAGAAACGAAGAAUAAAUAGUGGAGAGGCAUGGGGAAGAAACGGCGGAGCUUAAUCAUUUUGAAAUAAAAGACAUACAAUUUGACGGCGUCUCUAUUUCUAAUAUUUAUGCUCUAUGUAAUCUGCAGCUACUCAGAAGUCAGAACUGCCUUGUUGUACAUUUUUAGACGCUUGUCUGUCAAAAUGAUUUAGCUCCAUCCGUGCAAUUGAAAAAAAAAAAUGGAAAAUGGAAAUUUGUAUGUGGAAGAAGACCUUUAGGGUGUAAGGUUGAUGGCAUCAUCAAGGUGCUCUCUUGGAAAGUAUACUUUAGUUGUGGAAGUUUCCAGAAGUUGACUAUAUAUAUAUAAAUGGAAUAUUUAAGUUCCA